AUGACAUCUCUAGGAAGCAGCAGUUCUUCCGGGACAGAGUACACAGUGCGAGUGCCCAAAAAUCCAACUAAAAAGUAUAACUUAAUGGCGUUUAAUUCAGGAGACAAGGUGGCGUGUUCAACAUGGACACAAGCUCGUAUGGAACGCGACAUGAGUGCGCGGCGCAUUUACGGUGAGGAGGAGACUGCAGACGGAGCAGCUGGCAGUGAGUUUGGCAAAAAGCAGCGAGAGGAAGCACGCAGGAAGAAGUUUGGUAUUGUGACUAAAGAGUUUAAAGUAGAAGACCAGCCUUGGAUUCUCAAAGUCAACGGGAAAGCAGGAAAGAGGUUCAAGGGCAUCAAGAAGGGCGGAGUGACGGAGAAUGCAUCAUACUACAUCUUCACGCAGUGUCCAGACGGUGCAUUCGAGGCCUUCCCAGUGAACGGCUGGUACAACUUCAUGCCUGUGGCCAAGCACCGCACACUCACAGCAGAGGAGGCCGAGGAGGAGUGGGGCAGGAGAAACAAAGUGGUGAACCACUUCAGCAUCAUGCUGCAGAGGCGUUUGAGGGAACCGGACCGAUGUGAUGAUGAUGAGGACGAGGGAGACAAGUCAGGCAAGAAGAAGAAGAAGGGAGGUGGACGGGGGGGCGAACUGCGCAUCCAUGAUCUGGAAGACGACCUGGAGAUGAGCAGUGACGACAGCCGCAGCAGCGAAGACGAAGGGGAGAGCAAAUCCAAGACUAAAAAAGAGCUUAAGGGCAAAGGUAAAAAGAAGAAGAAAAAGAAGAGUGAGAACGAGGGACUGGAGGACAGCGACGACGGAGACCACGAAGGCCUGGAGGUGGACUACAUGUCUGACGAAAGCAGUUCAGAUGACGAGGUAGAGAAGGGGAAACCUGUCAAAGCAGAGGAACACCCCAAAGGCAUUGACGAGGCUUCUGAAAGUGAGGAUGAGAGCGAAGAGGAAAAACAGAACGAAGAGGAAGUAAAAGAAGAGGAGGAAGAGGAUGAUGGGAAGAAGACCCCCGUCCAACCAGAAAAGAAGAAGAAGAAAGCCGACAGCAGCGGAGAGUCUGAAACCUCGGACGACAGCGACAUCGAAGGAGAGACUGCCUCGGCUUUAUUCAUGAAAAAGCGCACGCCCCCAAAGCGAGGAGGUCGAGGCUCAGCCGGUAGCUCCAGAACAGGAAGUCGACCUGGGACUCCUUCUAUAGACUCUGGCUCCACGUCCAGUACCCUGCGAGCAGCAGCCAGCAAACUGGAGCAAGGAAAGAGACAGGGUGGUGCUGCCGCUGACACUCCAGUUGCCAAAAGGCUGAAGAUGGAGCCGAACAGCCAGAGUCCUGCUCCGUCUGGGAAGAGCACGCCUCAGCCGGCGUCUGGAAAAUCCACCCCAAGUGCCAGUGACGUCCAGCUGACCGAGGAGGCAGUCCGCCGGUACCUGAUCCGGAAGCCCAUGACGACCAAAGAUCUCCUGAAGAAGUUCCAGACCAAGCGUACCGGCCUGAGCAACGAGCAGACGGUCAACGUGCUCGCCCAGAUCCUCAAGAGGCUCAACCCCGAGCGCAAGAACGUCAACGACAAGAUGCACUUCUACCUCACAGAGUGA